UCUUAAUGAAAAUUUUCAUGACGAUUGAGUUAAUUCAAUAGAUCAGACCAAUUGAAACGAUGAAGGCUGUAAUUCUUAUUCUGCUUUUGGGAGUUGUACUUCCCCAAACUUUCGCUGCCUUAAUUACCCGUUCACAAUGGGGAGCUAGGUCACCAACUGGAACUAGUAAAUUCUCUGGUGUCAUUCCAUACGUCGUAAUCCAUCACUCCGUAUCACCUGGAGUUUGUACCACUACCGAUGCCUGCAAGACUGCCAUGAGAUCUAUGCAAAACUACCAUAUGGAUACCAAUGGUUGGGGGGAUAUUGGAUACAGUUUUGCUGUUGGUGGCGACGGUAAUGUCUACGAAGGUCGUGGUUACAACGUAGUUGGAGCUCAUGCCCCAGGCUACAAUAGCCAGAGUAUUGGUCUCCUUUUGAUCGGUGAUUUCAGCAAGAGCAAUGCUCCAGCUAAUAUGAUCACUGCUGCCAAGAACUUCAUCUCUUCUGCUGUUUCUGCUGGAAAGCUUUCCUCAACUUAUAAAUUGAUUGGACACAGGCAAGCUCUUGCUACCGAAUGUCCUGGAGAUAAGUUAUACGCUGAAAUCAAAACCUGGGCUCGUUAUACUGCCAACCCUUAAACUGCAUAAUUUAUAUGUUCGAUUUUUAUAUCAAUAAAAUUAUGUCACUUUGGUGGGAUACUCAAUUGUAUA